AUGUCAAAGUCCCAACACCACAUCCAAGGUCACAUCCCUGGGAACCUCAGUUCCCUCCAGCAGUCCCCAUAUCCUGGAGGUUCCAUCCACAUCAGAGCUUGGCGUGGGACCCUAGUUCGGGAUUCACACAUACACUUCAGAAUACUGGGUCUAAGUUGUAGAUUUUAUCAACACAAAUUUCCUGAGGUGAAAGAUGUAGUGAUGGUGAAUGUAAGAUCCAUUGCUGAAAUGGGGGCCUAUGUCAGCUUGUUGGAAUAUAAUAACAUUGAAGGCAUGAUUCUUCUUAGUGAAUUAUCCAGACGACAUAUCCGUUCUAUAAACAAACUGGUCCAAAUUGGCAGAAAUGAAUGUGUAGUUGUCAUUAGAGUGGAUAAAGAAAAAGGAUAUAUAGAUUUGUCAAAAAGAAGAGUUUCUCCAGAGGAAGAAAUCACAUGUGAAGACAGAUUCACAAAAUCCAAAACUGUUUAUAACAUUCUUCGCCAUGUUGCUGAGGUAUUAGAGUAUACCAAGGAUGAGCAGCUGGAAAGCCUAUUCCAGAGGACUGCCUGGGUCUUUGAUGACAGGUACAAGAGACCUGGAUAUGGUGCCUACGAUGCCUUUAAGCAUGAAGUCUCGGACCCAUCUAUCUUGGAUAGUUUAGAUUUGAAUGAAGAUGACAGAGAAGCUAAGAUACAGAUCAUUAACAAUAUCAUUGAUGAUGUAAAAGAAGCCCUGAGAGCAGGUUUGAAUUAUUCUACAGAAACCACGCCCAUCAAGAUUAAUCUAAUAGCUCCACCGAGGUAUGUGAUGACAACAACGACCCUAGAGAGGACAGAAGGACUCUCUGUCCUCAAUCAGGCUAUGGCAGUCAUCAAAGAGACUUUCAUUUCUGAUGUCUCUGGAUUGGCACCCUUAUGGUUUAGAGAUUUACCAGGGGCUCCAAACACAAACAAUUCCAAUCUUUCUAUAUAA